CGGCUCCCUGGGGAGUUGCGCAACCCCCCCGCCUCCCAGCACCUGCGCCUGGCCUGAGUGAGAGCGAGGAGGAGACGCUGCUGUGCCCGGGGGACUGUGCGGAGCGGCGGCUCCGCUGUCAGCUGGGGAAACCGCCUCCGCUCCAUGAGCAGGGCUCGGCUGCUGCGCUCCGUGAGGGGGGAACCGCGGCCGCCGCCGGCACCAGCAUGUGGACCCCGACCGAGGAGGAGAAAUACGGCGUGGUGAUAUGCAGCUUCCGAGGAUCUAUACCACAAGGCUUAGUCUUGGAACUAGGAGAAACUGUCCAGAUCUUGGAAAAAUGUGAAGGCUGGUACAGAGGAGUUUCCAUUAAGAAGCCAAAUGUAAAGGGGAUCUUUCCUGCUAACUAUAUUCACUUGAAAAAGGCAAUCGUCAGUAACAGAGGACAGUAUGAAACAGUAGUUCCACUUGAAGAUUCUGUUGUGACUGAAGUCACAGCAACGCUCCAGGAAUGGGCUAUCCUCUGGAAACAGCUGUAUGUGAAGCAUAAGAUAGAUCUUUUCUACAAACUGCGCCAUGUGAUGAAUGAACUCAUUGACCUGCGUAGACAGCUGCUGUCAGGUCACUUGACACAAGAUCAGGUGCGAGAGGUCAAGAGACACCUUACAGUGCGACUGGAUUGGGGUAAUGAACAUUUGGGCCUGGAUCUAGUUCCUCGGAAGGACUUUGAGGUGGUGGAUUCAGAUCAGAUCAGCAUUUCAGAUCUUUAUAAAAUGCAUUUAUCAAGUAGGCACAGUGUCCAGCAAAGCACAACACAGGUGGAUACAAUUCGUCAGCGUCAUGGAGAGGCUUGCCGUAUGCCAGUGCCUCACCACUUCUUCAUCAGUCUAAAGAGCUUCACCUAUAAUACUAUUGGGGAAGACACAGAUGUCUUCUUUUCUUUGUAUGAUGUUCGAGAGGGCAAGCAGAUCAGUGAGCGGUUUCUGGUGAGAUUAAACAAGAACGGAGGCCCCAGGAAUCCAGAGAAGAUAGAACGGAUGUGUGGCCUUUUCACAGAUCUCAGCAGCAAGGAUACGAAGAGAGACUUGUACAUAGUUGCACAUGUAAUUCGAAUAGGUCGCAUGCUGCUAAAUGAUUCCAAAAAAGGCCCCUCCCACCUACAUUAUCGUCGCCCCUAUGGCUGUGCAGUAUUGAGCAUCAUGGAUGUACUUCAAUCAAUCUCUGAACUAAAGGAAGAAAAAGAUUUCGUUCUCAAAGUUUACACGUGCAACAAUGAAAAUGAAUGGUAUCAGAUCCAUGAAAACAUUAUCCGCAAGUCCAGUACCAAGUACACAGCACCCAGCUCAAACUAUGGACUUAUAAUUUCUCUACAGCUUCUUCGUGGGGACAUGGAGCAGAUUCGAAGGGAGAACCCAAUGAUCUUUAACAGGAGGGUGUCUAUUACCAGAAAACUCGGUUUCCCCGAUGUCAUAAUGCCAGGUGAUAUACGUAAUGACUUGUACCUGACACUAGAGAAGGGGGAUUUUGAGAGAGGCGGGAAGAGUGUGCAGAAGAACAUCGAAGUGACCAUGUAUGUUCUUUAUGCAGAUGGAGAGAUCCUGAAGGACUGUAUCAGUUUAGGCUCAGGAGAGCCAAACAGAAGUGCAUACCACUCUUUUGUCCUCUACCACAGUAACAGCCCUCGUUGGGGGGAAAUUAUCAAGCUACCCAUCCCCAUUGACAGGUUUCGUGGGUCUCACCUUCGCUUUGAGUUCAGGCAUUGCUCCACUAAAGACAAAGGAGAAAAAAAGCUCUUUGGCUUUGCAUUUACUCCUCUGAUGAGGGAUGAUGGCACCACCCUAUCAGAUGAUAUCCAUGAGCUUUAUGUUUAUAAGUGUGAUGAGAACAGCACAUUUAAUAAUCAUGCUCUGUACCUGGGGCUGCCCUGCUGCAAAGAGGACUACAACGGCUGCCCUAACAUCCCUUCUAGCCUCAUUUUCCAGCGUAGUACUAAAGAGACCUUCUCGAUCUCGACCCAGCUCUCCUCCACCAAACUCACCCAGAACGUGGACUUGCUUGCCCUCUUAAAAUGGAAGGCUUACCCAGACCGUGUAAUGGAUAUCCUAGGAAGACUGAGGCAUGUCAAUGGCGAGGAAAUUGUUAAGUUCCUGCAAGACAUUCUAGACACUUUGUUUGUGAUUUUGGAUGACAAUACAGAAAAGUAUGGCCUGUUGGUCUUUCAGUCUUUGGUGUUCAUCAUAAAUCUGCUGCGUGACAGCAAAUAUUUCCAUUUCCGACCUGUUAUGGAUAUGUACAUUCAGAAACACUUUGCAGGAGCACUGGCUUACAAAGAACUGAUCCGAUGUUUGAAGUGGUACAUGGACCGGUCAGCUGAGCUUGUACGACAAGAUCAUAUCCAGGAAGCAAUGAGGGCCUUGGAAUAUCUUUUCAAGUUCAUUGUCCAAUCUCGGAUCCUUUACUCGAGAGCUACUUGCGGAAUGGAGGAGGAACAAUUUCGCUCCAGUAUCCAAGAGCUUUUCCAGUCCAUCAGAUUUGUACUCAGCUUGGACAGCAGGAGCUCAGAGACUCUCAUCUUCACACAGGCUGCUUUACUGAAUUCCUUCCCUGCUAUCUUUGAUGAGCUAUUGCAGAUGUUCACUGUGCAGGAAGUUGCAGAGUUUGUGAGGGGAACUCUAGGAAGCAUGCCCAGUACAGUUCAUAUCGGACAGUCGAUGGAUGUAGUUAAGCUGCAGUCUAUAGCACGCACUGUGGACAGCCGCCUGUUUUCUUUCUCAGAAUCCCGGCGAAUCUUGCUUCCUGUGGUUCUUCAUCACAUUCACCUUCAUCUGAGACAGCAGAAGGAGUUACUCAUAUGCUCUGGGAUCCUCAGUAGUAUCUUCUCCAUUAUCAAGGCCAGCUCCUUGGAGGCAGAUGUAGGGGAGGAGGUUGAGAUGAUGGUGGAGAGCCUCCUGGAUGUACUUUUACAGACUCUGCUUACUAUCAUGAGUAAAUCGCAGUCUCAGGAGGCGGUAAGAGGGCAGCGUUGCCCGCAGUGCACAGCCGAAAUCACUGGAGAGUAUGUGUCCUGUCUCUUGUCUCUGCUUCGUCAAAUGUCAGACACUCAUUUUCAACAUUUACUGGACAACUUCCAGAGCAAGGAUGAGCUAAAGGAGUUCCUGCUGAAGAUUUUCUGUGUGUUUCGAAAUCUAAUGAAGAUGAGUGUCUUUCCUCGGGACUGGAUGGUGAUGAGGUUGCUCACCAGCAAUAUCAUAGUUACCACAGUCCAGUACCUGUCUUCUGCCCUGCACAAGAACUUCACAGAAACAGACUUUGAUUUUAAGGUGUGGAACUCCUAUUUCAGCUUGGCAGUUCUGUUUAUAAACCAGCCAAGCCUGCAGCUAGAAAUUGUCACUCCAGCUAAGAGAAAGAAGAUUCUGGACAAAUACGGCGACAUGCGAGUGAUGAUGGCAUAUGAGUUGUUCAGCAUGUGGCAGAACCUGGGUGAACAUAAAAUUCACUUUAUUCCGGGAAUGAUUGGCCCCUUCCUUGGUGUCACACUGGUCCCACAGACAGAGGUCCGCAACAUCAUGAUCCCCAUCUUUCAUGACAUGAUGGACUGGGAGCAGAGGAAAAAUGGCAACUUCAAACAGGUGGAAGCUGAAUUGAUUGAUAAGCUGGACAGCUUGGUAUCAGAAGGAAAAGGAGAUGAGAACUACAGGGAGCUCUUCAGCCUACUAACCCAGCUCUUUGGGCCCUACCCCAGCCUGCUGGAGAAGAUUGAACAAGAGACGUGGCGGGAGACUGGCGUCUCUUUUGUUACAUCAGUUACUCGCCUCAUGGAGCGUCUCCUUGACUACAGGGACUGCAUGAAAGGAGAUGAAACAGAAAACAAGAAGAUUGGCUGCACUGUUAACCUGAUGAACUUUUAUAAAUCUGAAAUUAACAAGGAAGAGAUGUAUAUCCGCUACAUCCACAAGCUGUGUGACAUGCACUUACAGGCUGAGAACUACACUGAGGCUGCAUUUACAUUGUUUCUGUACUGUGAGCUACUUCAGUGGGAGGACAGACCUCUGCGAGAGUUCCUGCACUACCCAUCACAGACAGAGUGGCAACGUAAGGAGGGGCUAUGCCGGAAGAUUAUCCACUACUUCAACAAAGGGAAGAGCUGGGAGUUUGGAAUCCCACUGUGCAGAGAGCUGGCCAUUCAAUAUGAAAGUCUGUAUGAUUAUCAAAGCCUCAGCUGGAUUCGGAAAAUGGAAGCUACCUAUUAUGAUAAUAUCAUGGAACAGCAGCGCUUGGAACCUGAGUUUUUCAGAGUUGGUUUUUAUGGCCGGAAAUUCCCCUUCUUCCUUCGGAACAAGGAGUAUGUAUGUCGAGGCCAUGACUACGAAAGGCUGGAGACCUUCCAACAAAGAAUGCUGAGUGAGUUCCCACAAGCCAUUGCAAUGCAGCACCCAAACCACCCAGAUGACACCAUUUUGCAGUGUGAUGCUCAGUAUUUACAGAUAUAUGCAGUGACUCCCAUCCCAGACAAUAUUGAUGUCCUACAAAUGGAACGUGUGCCUGAUCGUAUAAAGAGCUUUUAUCGCGUCAACAACAUCAGGAAAUUCCGCUAUGAUAGGCCUUUCCACAAAGGUCCAAAGGACAAAGAGAAUGAAUUUAAGAGCUUGUGGAUUGAACGUACCACUCUGACACUGACUCACAGUUUACCUGGGAUCUCUCGGUGGUUUGAAGUGGAGAGAAGAGAGCUGGUCGAGGUAAGCCCUUUGGAAAAUGCCAUUCAAGUUGUUGAGAACAAAAACCAGGAACUGAGGACAUUGAUAAGCCAGUAUCAGCACAAGCAAAUGCAUGGCAACAUUAACCUGCUCAGCAUGUGUCUGAAUGGAGUGAUUGAUGCAGCAGUGAAUGGUGGCAUAGCACGGUACCAGGAGGCCUUUUUUGAUAAAGAUUAUAUCACCAAGCACCCUGGAGAUGCAGAAAAAAUCACACAGCUCAAGGAGCUCAUGCAAGAACAGGUCCAUGUUCUUGGAGUGGGUCUGGCAGUACAUGAGAAAUUUGUACAUCCAGAGAUGCGUCCUCUACAUAAGAAACUGAUUGAUCAGUUCCAAAUGAUGCGAUCUAGUCUGUACCAUGAGUUGCCUGGUUUGGAUAAGUUGAGUCCAGCCUGUUCUGGUAGCAGCACCCCACGCAGCAGUGUUCUUGUGUCACACAGCCCUAUGAGUCCAGAGAGCAUCAAGCUGGUGCAUCGACACAGCCCAUUGAACUUGCUGGGUUCAGUCCGACACUCGUCAUCCUCUCUUUCCUCCCAUACUUCCAGUGAAACAGGAAACCUGGUUGUCCUAACAGACAGUUCUGUAGGGGAAACCGCUGAGGACAUGUACCACAUGCAGCUUGUUUACCCUAACUCCACGUACCAAGGCUCAGUCACCAACAUCUCUGUUUUAUCCUCAUCCCAGGCCAGUCCUUCCACUUCAAGCCUGAGUUCUACCCACUCUGCACCAUCGCAGAUGAUUAACUCUGCCCCUCCCAGUGCACGAGUGCUGGUGAAAGGUGCUGGAUUGACAACACUGGAGGCUGAAGCCCUCUAUUUAUCCACAGAACAGAUACAGCACGGGCGGCAGCAGUGCAAGCUUCCCCACACUGCCCCCACCAAUGUGCCUCAUCUCUGUCCUGGAGGGACCACCUCUAGAGGCUCUCCCUCUCUACCAGAUAAGUACCGCCACACUCGGGAGCUGAUGAUGCUGCUGCCAACCCACCGGGACCGACCAAGCAGUGCCAUGUAUCCUGCAGCUAUCAUGGAAAAUGGACAGCCUCCAAAUUUUCAGCGCGCCUUGAUCCAGCAAGUGGUUGGACCAUGCAAACCUUGCAGUGAUCCCAAUCUAUCUGUCGCUGAGAAAGCUGUGCCAGCAGCGCCCAGCAGCUGGAGCCUAGACAGCGGAACCAGAGAGGCCCUGCCAUUCCUGUCUGCCCACGUUGGGAGCAUCUUGGCCCCACCAGUACCUCCCCGAAGCCUACCCCAUGGUCACUACUCACUGCACUUUGAUGCCUUCCACCACCAGCUCAGUGAUGCUCCUCCAGCACUGCCUGCUCGGACAUUGCGCAAGUCUCCUCUUCAUCCAAUUCCUGCAUCACCCACAAGUCCCCAGUCUGGCCUGGAUGGAAGUAACUCCACUCUGUCAGGCAGUGCUAGCAGUGGUGUGUCCUCCUUAAGUGAGAGUAACUUUGGACACUCAUCUGAGCCCCCUCCUCGCACAGACACCAUGGAUUCUGUCCCUAGCCAGGCCUGGAAUACUGAUGAAGACUUAGAGACACCCUACCUCCCUGUCAGGUACAGUCUCUCUGAACCUGAUGUUCUGGAGUCACUCAAGUCCCAGCCAUGUCGAAGCCACUCUGCUCCAUCUGGAGUCAUUCCUCAGGACACUAUGGACCCUCCAGCUCUCCCCCCAAAACCAUAUCAUGCUCGGCUCCCAAACAUGGAGAAUGAAGAGGAAAUGAUGCUGAUGAUGGAAGAGGAAGACAAACACCGGCCACUCCAUCGCAAAGUCUCCCAACCAGCGAGUGGUGGAAAGGAGGAGCAGGCCAGGGUAGCAUGGGAGCAUGGCAUCAGUGAGCAGUAAGCAGGACUACCUGGAAAGAAGCUUGUAUAGUAAUUCCAGGUCUGACCAGAAGAAAGAUGUAAAAGUUUAGGACUCAGAGGAGAGAACAGUAAUCCAAUUCUUUACUUUCUACUGCCAUGAGUUAAUGUCCGGAGCCCAUACAAAGUUUGGGCUGGCAUGUGAGGUUGCUGCUUUCCUUUUUAUUGUAUUUUAUACUUUUUGGUUUUAUGUUAUUUUUAAUUAUUAUUUUUUGUGUGCAGUGGGUGCUUUAUUCCUUCUGCAGUUUAUCAGACCACACAAAGUGGCAUGUAAGCUGUUAGCCAUAGAGACUUGCAGAAAUUGAAAAGAAUUGGAAUAUUGAAGGGGGGAUGUGGCAAAUUGUUUUAAAAAGCUUUCCUCCCAGUUUUGAGAUGCACACAAGUAGAAGCAGUUGCACUAGGGACAUGUUUCUUUGCUGCAUAGAAGUGAAAGCUCAUUGCUGAAUUCAGGGAUUUCAUGAACUGUCAGGCUGGAAGGUGCAUUCUCUGCAGGCAAUGGAAACUCGGCUGUUCUAUGAAGAAACUGGGUCUUCCAGGUUUAUGACCAUAAACAGCUUUACAGUAAUCUCCUUCAUUGACUCAGUUGUGAUGAAAUGAUCUAACCAGUGCUGACAGGCUUCCAUAUUGAUUUUUGAGGUAUCAUUUCAAACAAACUCUGCCUCCUUUGGUUGUUCAUGGACAUGUACUUUGGUUUUUCAUGUUUUUGUUCCUUAAUUUCAUUUUUUUACUGGGUAAGCCAGCUGCUUUUCCACUGGAGUCAUAGUCCAUAUCCACCUUUACUGCAGGGUAAGAGAGGGUUAUGUAGCCUUUAGGGCUGCAACCCAAUUCUGAGCCUUUUCUCAUGCUUAGCUCUGGGCAAGUGGUUGUCACCAGCACUUUUAUUCCAGUCAAGGAACCAGCUGAGAGGCUCAUGCAACAACUGCUUGAUAACUCAGCAAGUAAGAAGAGAAGGCUUGAAUACAUCAUAUCCAGUCCUUGCCUCAGGAUUGAAAGUCUGCACAAUCCACACCAACAUCCAUUAACUGUGUUUGUUACUCUAAUAUCUUAUGUGCCCUUCUGAUACAUUUCACUGCUGCUGCUGCACAAUGCCUCCAUCUCUCCCUUCAGAUAGGAAACCCUAUGAGCUGCAAGAAAUGUCCAGUGUGUAGUGUGCACUCCAGCUUCAGGGAUUUUAAAGAUUAACUGUAAGAGGGAAGGGGGGAGAUGUUUAUUCCCUUUUUUGCUUCUUUAUGGUGUGUAAAGAAGACUUGAAAAGUUCUUCUUCUUUUAUUUUAAGGGUUUUUUUCCUCUUUGUUUUUUACAUUGCACAAAUAUCCAUUCUUGACUUCCCUUUUUUGCUGGCAGACUCUAUGAAGAACUGUAGAAUUUAGUGCAAUUAUGAUGUGACACAAAGCAAGAGAUUGAGACCAGAGCAGUGGAGUGGGGAAGGGAAUUUUAGUCAGGCUGUUCUAAGUUCUAGGGUUUUUUGUUUUCUUUGUUUAAUACCUGCUUAGUACCUGACAAACGGGAGAAAAACUUUGUUGGUGAAAGAUCCACUAAAAUUGCCAUUUUAUUUGAGAGCUGAGAAAUUUCCCAUUUUUCAAGUCCUUUGAGAAAUCUUCCAGCAAAAAUAGGGAAGAAAAUAUCAAGUAUUUUAUAUUCAUGAUAUUUAUAAGAUAAAUAAGCAAAAAAUAAAACCCCUUAUUUCAGCCCUUCUUUAUAAUUUUAUAAUAAUCCGGAGUACUUGUACAGCAUUUUUCAUCUGUAGACUGCAAAGCACAUUCCAGAGGAGGAGCAUAAGUAACAAUGCCCUUCCUCUUUACAGUUGGAAAAACUGAAGCACAGAGAAGUUAAGGGAUUUGCCCAAUACUACACAAAUUAGUGGCAGAAAUGGGAACAGAACCAAGGUAGCCAGACUCCAAUUCUGUGCCCCAUCCAUGCUGUUUCCUAUAUAUCAAAAACAUUAUAAAGAAGCAAAAAAGGAAACGUUUCCCUUUGCAAGCCACUUUAGCACUACCACUAUACAACGUGACGGGACAAAUAUACCAUUUCCAAAUUCUCCUGAAAAUGAUAAUCUGUAUCAAGUUUGGACUCAGGUGGCCAUUGUAUAGAGGCGGGUGUUGAGAUUAUUCAUUUAUUCUUUCUCAAGUUCUAGCCCAUGCAAAAGAAAUAUUGUUCUGUUUUCUUCAUUGGCCUGCCUGGCUAGAAGAAGAUCUAUCCCGUUUCCUUUACUUUUGCUAGAGCAGGACACCCGAAAUCAUUGUAUCCUGCACCAUUGAAACACAGAUGUUAAAAUCUGGUCCACAAUGGGCAUUUCAUCUCUUGCAUAAAUGCCAAGGCAGAUCUGAGUAGAAAUGAAAAAUGGUGAAGCUCUUAAGAGCCAGAGUCUUAGCUGGUGUAAAUCAGGGUAGCUCCAUUGAAAUGAAUGGAAUAUUCUGAUAUACACCAUCUGAGAAUCUGGCCCAGGAUCUUCAUAUGAAACUUUAUUAGAACAAGAUGCUUGUUUUCCUUUUUUGGUAGAAGGGUUAAACAUUAUUGUAUCUGGAAAUGUAUUAAGCUCUCCUUUCCAGCAAAAAAUAAGGUGUCUGCGCAUAAAGCUUUGUGUGUAAAUUGGAGUUAACAUUCGAGUUAGUCUAAACAUCCAGCCAGUGUGACUGACUAGAGCUAACUGCUAACCAGAGUUCUAAGGGAUUUCCAAAUGCAUAUCAUGCUGCGCUGAUUAGAAGGCCAGCGUCUGGCAUAGAGACGCCCAGCUUUGAUUUUAUUUCACUUUUUGGUAAAGGCUUUUUCUAAAAGUUAGAUGAUCAGUUAGCUUAUAUAAACAGAUGUCAGCCAAUUUUACAGCAGGUUCAUAGCCACCAAGUUUCAUGAAGGAGCAAAUUCAAUUAACACAAACAUAUUAGAUUUGAGUCUCCAAGGAGUUAUUCAGAACCAUGGUCAAAUUUUUGCAAAAUACUUUGUGUAUUCUUUUUAAAUGCCUAAUUUCAAAGGGCAGUGGGGGUUGUGCUGGGUGGGAAGAGAAGGAGGUGGGGGAGAUUCUAUUAUAAUUAAGAUCUGGUGAGUGUAACACUCAUACUACUCUCUGGGGCAAGUAUGCUUGGCCAAUAGCAGCAUGAAACUUAAAGCCAAAUUCAGCCCUGGGGUAAGCAGGCACAACUACAUUUUCUGAGUUAGGGCUGAAUUUGGCUACCAGGGUUUGUUGCUGUGCUCUGUGUAACUAUCGUAAAUAGAGAUAAUUUACAAGGAACAUGGUCAUGCCAUACUCAUGUACCAAGUUUGAAAUUGAAAAUGCUUCUUUUGGGUUCUUGGGCCACCACUUCUCUCCUGAAAGCAUGGGCUAUUAAACUUUCCACCAUUGGUGUUUACACCCUCUGUCUGGAGGAAAAGGAAUGGGCAGAGGCAACGAUGGAGACGAAGCAAUGAGAAGAAUUGCAUUCAUCUGCCAAUUAGUUGCUCAUUGGUUGGAAGAAUGUUUUGGUUGUGCUGCCAGGUGCAAGACCACGGGAUUUUUUCCUCUUUUUUUUUUGUUUGUUUAACCUUUAUUUCCCUCUUUGGGUGGGGAAGGGGUUACUACAUAUCUGUCAGGGGAGAGGAGGCAGCCAAAUUGGAAAGGUUGUAGAGCAGAAGCAGAGAAAAAAGUGUGAUAUUUAAUUUUUUCUUCAUGUGUUUUUUGUAUAUAUCCCAUUUGAAUGCUGUGUAUUUGUACAGGAAAUUGAGCAAAAAAUGUAUAGAUCGUGCUGUCUGACUGGUACUCUGCCCUGUAAAUGUGUUUUUAACCUCUGGCAUUCUGUGCUUAUUUAAAAAAGGCAAAAACCUCUAACGACUUCUCUUUUGUGUAUUCAUGUUUAAAAAAAAUCAAAAAAAGCUCUCUUAACUAUAAUGGAAAGCAAACAUAAAAGAAAAAAAAAGAAUUUGAACAAGUGUCCUAAAGGUAUUUCAUUGUAUAUAUUGUGAUAGCAUGUUUCCAGAACCAACAAAUAAGUGAUGUGAAUUUUAGAUGUAAAUAGCUGCUGGGUUUUUUUCCUUCCCCAUUCACUCGACUGCUGUGAUGUGGAAUUAAAGAUUAAUACCUGAUAUUAAAA